AUGGCCAUCACCCACUCUCCCCACCACCAUCAUGGCCAUCACCCACUCUCCCCACCACCAUCAUGGCCAUCACCCACUCUCCCCACCACCAUCAUGGCCAUCACCCACUCUCCCCACCACCAUCAUGGCCAUCACCCACUCUCCCCACCACCAUCAUGGCCAUCACCCACUCUCCCCACCACCAUCAUGGCCAUCACCCACUCUCCCCACCACCAUCAUGGCCAUCACCCACUCUCCCCACCACCAUCAUGGCCAUCACCCACUCUCCCCACCACCAUCAUGGCCAUCACCCACUCUCCCCACCACCGCCAUCACCCACUCUCCCCACCACCAUCAUGGCCAUCACCCACUCUCCCCACCACCAUCAUGGCCAUCACCCACUCUCCCCACCACCAUCAUGGCCAUCACCCACUCUCCCCACCACCAUCAUGGCCAUCACCCACUCUCCCCACCACCAUCAUGGCCAUCACCCACUCUCCCCACCACCGCCAUCACCCACUCUCCCCACCACCAUCAUGGCCAUCACCCACUCUCCCCACCACCAUCAUGGCCAUCACCCACUCUCCCCACCACCGCCAUCACCCACUCUCCCCACCACCAUCAUGGCCAUCACCCACUCUCCCCACCACCAUCAUGGCCAUCACCCACUCUCCCCACCACCAUCAUGGCCAUCACCCACUCUCCCCACCACCAUCAUGGCCAUCACCCACUCUCCCCACCACCAUCAUGGCCAUCACCCACUCUCCCCACCACCAUCAUGGCCAUCACCCACUCUCCCCACCACCAUCAUGGCCAUCACCCACUCUCCCCACCACCGCCAUCACCCACUCUCCCCACCACCAUCAUGGCCAUCACCCACUCUCCCCACCACCAUCAUGGCCAUCACCCACUCUCCCCACCACCAUCAUGGCCAUCACCCACUCUCCCCACCACCAUCAUGGCCAUCACCCACUCUCCCCACCACCAUCAUGGCCAUCACCCACUCUCCCCACCACCAUCAUGGCCAUCACCCACUCUCCCCACCACCAUCAUGGCCAUCACCCACUCUCCCCACCACCAUCAUGGCCAUCACCCACUCUCCCCACCACCAUCAUGGCCAUCACCCACUCUCCCCACCACCAUCAUCGCCAUCACCCACUCUCCCCACCACCACCAUCGCCAUCACCCACUCUCCCCACCACCAUCAUGGCCAUCACCCACUCUCCCCACCACCAUCAUGGCCAUCACCCACUCUCCCCACCACCAUCAUGGCCAUCACCCACUCUCCCCACCACCAUCAUGGCCAUCACCCACUCUCCCCACCACCAUCAUGGCCAUCACCCACUCUCCCCACCACCAUCAUGGCCAUCACCCACUCUCCCCACCACCAUCAUGGCCAUCACCCACUCUCCCCACCACCAUCAUCGCCAUCACCCACUCUCCCCACCACCACCAUCGCCAUCACCCACUCUCCCCACCACCAUCAUCGCCAUCACCCACUCUCCCCACCACCACCAUCGCCACUCCCAAGCGGGUGAGCCCACAGUUAUGCUUCUCAGCCAGCGACAACCCAUCAUCCACCGCCCCCACACCCAUCAUCCACCGCCCCCACAGCCAUCAUCCACCGCCCCCACAGCCAUCAUCCACCGCCCCCACAGCCAUCAUCCACCGCCCCCACAGCCAUCAUCCACCGCCCCCACAGCCAUCAUCCACCGCCCCCACAGCCAUCAUCCACCGCCCCCACAGCCAUCAUCCACCGCCCCCACAGCCAUCAUCCACCGCCCCCACAGCCAUCAUCCACCGCCCCCACAGCCAUCAUCCACCGCCCCCACACCCAUCAUCCACCGCCCCCACAGCCAUCAUCCACCGCCCCCACAGCCAUCAUCCACCGCCCCCACAGCCAUCAUCCACCGCCCCCACAGCCAUCAUCCACCGCCCCCACAGCCAUCAUCCACCGCCCCCACAGCCAUCAUCCACCGCCCCCACAGCCAUCAUCCACCGCCCCCACAGCCAUCAUCCACCGCCCCCACAGCCAUCAUCCACCGCCCCCACAGCCAUCAUCCACCGCCCCCACAGCCAUCAUCCACCGCCCCCACAGCCAUCAUCCACCGCCCCCACAGCCAUCAUCCACCGCCCCCACAGCCAUCAUCCACCGCCCCCACAGCCAUCAUCCACCGCCCCCACAGCCAUCAUCCACCGCCCCCACAGCCAUCAUCCACCGCCCCCACAGCCAUCAUCGCCACAGUGGAUGUCGUUACUCCAGCCAGCUCAGGCGGACUCCCAGUCGCCACCCUCGCUACAAGUCUUAGCCCCUCUCCCUUCCCCCCUCUCCCUUCCCCCCUCUCCCUUCCCCCCUCUCCCUUCCCCCCUCUCCCUUCCCCCCUCUCCCUUCCCCCCUCUCCCUUCCCCCCUCUCCCUUCCCCCCUCUCCCUUCCCCCCUCUCCCUUCCCCCCUCUCCCUUCCCCCCUCUCCCUUCCCCCCUCUCCCUUCCCCCCUCUCCCUCGCAUCUUUGUGUUUGCUUACCUGUAG